CUCCGGAGUGUUGAUCUCACCCGGGAAGUUGUGAAAGACCUCGGGAGGGUUUCUCUGCCAGCCGGCACAGGGCUGGGGGGCAGUGCCAAGCAGUGCCCGCCUGGCACCGUCCGCUUGGCCCGGAGAUUUCGGCCACCCUAAUCCUUCCAGGGAGACUCAGGAGGUUGGCGAGAAGGGAGGAAGGAGGGCAAGCCCUGGAGCAUCAAGUUUGGGAGAAAAGAGAAACCACCACCGACACGGCCGUCGUUCCGUUCUCGCUGGCGUCUUUUAACCGCCUCUGUCCGGGGUGGGCAUGCCAACCCAGCUGGCAAGGGACCCCGGGAGCCGUCCGACCAGGGUGCAGCCGGAAGCCGCACGACGAUGAGGUCCGGGUGGGGGGACCAUGCGCCCGGUACCGCCUUUCUGUCCGACCCCUCCUGCUGGAUCUGGACCUGGGGUUCGCCCUCGCCAGCCGGUUUCCUUUGCACGGCUGACAAGCGCCGCCCGGAGAUCUGAGGCCUGGACCACGGCUGGAGAGAGAAUCCUGCCCUCAAGUUUUUCCGCACCUCAUCGUCGUUGCAAUCAGGGGAACUGCUUUUAUGAGCGACCAAGUUAACAUCGCAAGUUCUCUUCUGCCUUACUCAACGCUUCCAGACGCCAGUAACGCCCCAUGGAGCCCCGCCGGUUUUCUCGCCUCGCCAGCAUCCUGAUGUUGUCCGUGGCGCUGGCCGUGGAUUUGAUGCCGAGGCUGACCUUCCGGAGAGGGGACUCCAGCCGUCUCCUCACCUCCUUCAGCCGCAAGGGGGUCCUGAACUACGACACGUUCCUCCUGAGCGAAGACGGGGCGACUCUCUACGUGGGGGCUAGAGACACCAUCGUGGCCCUGGAUAUCAGCAACCCGGACUCCAUCCAGCUGAAGGGCGAGAUCCCGUGGGAGCCCACGCCUGGCAAGAAGGUGGAGUGCGUCUUCAAGAAGAAAAGCAACGAGACCGAAUGCUUCAACUUUAUCCGCAUCCUGGUUCAGCUGAACGAGACCCAUCUUUACACCUGCGGGACGUACGCCUUCAGCCCUACCUGCGCUUACGUGGACUUGGAAAAUUUCACCCUGGUGACGGACGACACGGGGCAGCCCCUGCUUCAGGAAGGGAAGGGCCUCUGCCCCUUUGACCCGAGACAUCAAAACACAGCUAUCAUUGUCGACGGUGAACUCUACACGGGCACCAUGAACAACUUCCAAGGGAACGAACCCAUCAUCUCCCGCACCCUGGGCAGCCGUACGGUCUUGAAGACGGACAGCUUUCUCACGUGGCUGCACGCGGAUGCUGCCUUUGUGGCCUCCUUCAACCUCCCUUCCUCGCUGGACGAGGACAAGGUCUACUUCUUCUUUCAGGAGACGGCCAAGGAGUUUGACUUCUUUGAGAAACUGACCGUCUCCCGAGUGGCUCGGGUGUGCAAGAACGAUGUGGGGGGUGACAAGGUUUUGCAAAAGAAAUGGACCACCUUUCUGAAAACCCAGCUCUCCUGCGCCGAACCGGGCCAGUUCCCCUACACCGUCAUCCAGCACGUCUUUGCUCUCCCGCAGCCGGACGGCGGGGCGGUUUUCUACGGCGUCUUUUCUUCCCAGUGGCAGGCGGGAAAUUUCUGGAGCUCGGCGGUCUGCGCCUUCACGCUCAACGCCAUCACGAAAGCCUUUAACGGGAAGUACAAAGAACUGAACAAGGAGUGUUCCCGGUGGAUGACGUACAGCGGGCCCGCCAUGGACCCCCGCCCAGGAAGCUGCUCGGUGGGCCCAUCUUCCGACAAAGCCCUCACUUUCAUGAAAGACCACUUCCUGAUGGACGAGAAGGUGGUCCCGGCCAACAACCAGCCCCUCCUCGUGAAACACAAGGUGAAAUACACCCGGAUCACGGUCCACCAAACACGGAGCGUCUCGGGGGCACUCUACAAUGUGAUGUUUAUGGGGACAGACAAAGGCUUCCUCCACAAGGCCGUGGUUGCGGGGAGCGGGGCCCACAUCAUCGAGGAGAUCCAGCUUUUUGAGAAGCCAGAAAGCGUCCGGAACCUCCUGCUCUCCCCGGAGAAGGGGAUCCUGUACGUGGGCUACUCCAAAGGAGUCUUGCAAAUCCCCCUCACCAACUGCAGCAUCUACACCACCUGCGGCAACUGCAUCUUGGCGCGCGAUCCGUACUGCGCCUGGGACAGACACCAGUGCCGGGACAUCCGACAGGCCUCCGAGAACAUGAGUAACUGGCUCCAGGACGUGGAGAGUGGGCGGCCGGAUCCUGGUUGUCAGCAGAACGGUAUCAAACCCAGGUCCUUCUCGAGGGCAAGGAACAGCUCUGAAGGGAGCACGAUCAAAAUUCUGAACCCGCCGCUGAAUCCCAUAGUGAGGCUCCCUUGCCCUCAGGCCUCGGCCCUGGCCAACUACUCCUGGAACUACACUGACCAAGAGGCGGACGGCGGGCUGGUCAUUGAAGAUGACAAGACUUUGGUGGUGGUGGUGCAGAGGGACACGGCGGGCACGUACGAGUGCUGGGCCAAUGAGAACGGCUACCGGCACCCCGUGGCCCGCUACCUCAUCUCCUCCGGCCACCGGGAGGGAGACCUGCAGAGCCCGGCCCUGCUGCUGGAAGAGCAGCGCUCCUACUGGGUCCAGUUUGUCACGGUGACGGUGCUCCUCUCCAUGACCUUAGCCGUGGCCGUGGCCCUGGCCUUCUUCUCCUACCACGACAAGCUGAAGGCCAAGAGCAAAGUCCAGGGUUGCAGCCUCCCCGAAGCCCGUGGCAAGGGUUCGGGGCAAGAGAAGGUGCCUCUCAACGGCAGCCAGAGCCCACCUCCCCAAGGCCCGGAGGACCAGCGCCACGGCCCGUACCAAGAGCCGGCCACGGACGGUGCCGCCAAGGCCUGCUGCAUCCGCGUGGAAGGAGACCCCAGCGGCAUUGAUGCCGACAACAACCAGUUGAACUCCAGCCUCGCGAACGGAGAGGAGGUCCAAGGGGCCACCGCCGCGGUGGGAAUCUAAGCCGGAUUUUGCCAGGAGUGGCCGUUAACAAGAGACGUCCAUCUCGGCCCCCCUGGCCGCCUGACCAGAAAAGCUAUCUCAAGCCCUCACUCGGGCAUGGUUCCGAACCACCGCCAGAAAACACAGAGUUUAACUCUG